AUCUCCAAGACGCACAAGAAUUCAGUUUGUUGGCAGUAUCAAUGUAUAAAGAAGACACAGGACACACUGACUAUAACUGUCUGUAAGAAAUAAAAACGAGUAGGGUAUUUUGCCGAAUGAAUUUAAAGUGAGAAAGAAUAAAAGAGGGGAGACCUUUGAUCAGCAGUUAAUAUCACGAUUCGCGCCAAUAUUAUUCCAAAACUUACGAAAAGAAACGAAGGCAUACGAUUUCUGGAAGCGGGUGAAUUUAAAUUCAAUUUUUUAAAACUGCAAUUUAUAGUAUUUUGUAAACUAGUGUUAUAAGAUUUAUUUUGUUUUUGUUGAUUUAAUUUGAUUUAAUGAUGUAAAUAAUUUUAAAAAUUUAUAUAACUUGUGAAUUUGAAAAAAAAUUUUUGGAGUUAUUUUUAAAAGCAUCAAUCGUAGAGUGACACAAUUUUAACUGGAUUGUUAUGCAGAAGUCUCGAGUCUUUCUUUGCUGCUGCGCAGGUUUAUUUCCCCCUAGUUGUCUCUAUUAGUCUGCUUAGCUCCUUAUUAGAACUUGCUAUGUCCAGUCACGCUAACAUAAACGCGCGGCAAAGGUUCUUCAAAGAAUAAAAAACAAAAACAUAAAAAUUAUAUAUAAAUAUACAUGUGUAUACUGUACUUUAAUAAAGAAGUAACUUAUUAGUGCUAAAAAUUUGUCUUCUAAUAUUUCAUUUCACGCAAACUGACUUUACAUCAGCGAUUAUGCUAUGGGUGAAAGAAAGCGCGAACGUAUUCCAAAAAGACGUAGGUCUUUAUUGCGGGGGACUCAAAAGUCCUCCUCAGACUCUGAGGUAGUCCCGUCAAAAUUCAAAGACAGCAAGACCAGGGCUCGAGAUUUACUGCCAUGGCCAAAAGCUCUCGAGACUCUCACGGUCGACGAACUCGCACGCUACAGACGCAGGCGAGUACCAGAUAGUCCGAAGGACACCUUGGGAUCUCGUAACCAUGGAGAUAAAGACAAUGAAUUCGAAAAUCUUUCUACGGAGUACAGGAGAGCUUUUAGAGCUACCAGUGAAGAGUCACUGCUGAGAGUCGACGAUUUGAGAACUUGUGCUCAAGAUUUUGGUGGUGGUUUCUCUAUUGAGACAAUAAAAAACCCGGAAAUUAAUGCCAAUGACAAGUCCAUGGAGGCUAUUGAUAUUUCUAGGGUUCCUGAUCUGUCAAGACCUUCACCGAUUCGAAGAGACACUAGUUUGAAACCCGGCGGUACAUUUUAUACGGACACGGAAUCAGCAAACUACAAAAUAUAUGAGGGUAUCCAUCGUGCGGAACUGGCACGUCGGCCGACUUCUUUGAAGAUGGAGGGAGACAUGCGGACUGUCACGGAGCAGUGUGAGAAGUUCAUCGAGUGGUUGAACGUCAGUAGACCUGAGCUCGCACGUAUUCCAACUAAUCUAAAGCUGGAGGGACAAUUUGAAACGUCUACGGAGAAUCAUGACCAGUAUGUGCCAUUUGUUGGGGCUAGAAGACCGGAAAUACUUCGUCAAAAAGCUCAUCUAAAACUCGAGGGAGAGUCUAAUUUUGUUCCCGAGUACACCGCUGUUUUUAAACCUCAUGCUGCUCAAGCCAAAAGAUCUUUAAAAGUGCCCGAGUCACAUUUAAAGUCUGGAGGAGACUUCAGUGGAAGGACUGAAAACUACCAAAAUUUUGUUGAUCCGCGAGGUGCUGUUCCUAUAGAACAGAGUCACAAUAAUGUUAUCGAUCAUAUUGAAGAGUCGAAACAAGAAUUGGAACGGAAGAAAGAACAAGACAUAAAGAUGUUGGUGUCCAAGCUAGAGGAUCUCAAAGGACCACCUCUUGGAGUUCCUGAAUACAAAGAUGCUUAUAAGGAUUUUCCUAGAGAACGACCAAAAUUAUUAAAACCCGAAGAUGAAAUUGGUCGCGCAGAUGGUUCUAAAGUCAAUUCACUAAAUAGUGCAGGAAAAUUCCCAACGAAAAUUGACCAGGAUCCUGAAUACAAGUCCAAGUAUAUCGACAGAGAUCGUCCAAUUUAUCGUAAGCCACCUUUAUCCCGACGACCAUCCAUAGGUUCGUCAGGUUUCAACAGACGUUUAGUCCCAGAUUUACGACAAUACCAUCCAACAAGUGAAGUUAGAUCCCAGUAUGUGUCUUACGGUAAUAUACCGCGAACAGAAACCCUUAGAAUGCCGGUUAAUUUACGUCCCGAGGGUGAUAUGGAUCUUCAACCGGAAUAUCGUGAUGCCUAUUGUACAAAAAGAGACUAUGCAGUGACUGAUAUCAAGCAUCGGCAUCGUGAUCGCAGUCUCACUGAUUUUCGUAGACAUGAAAAUAAUUGGCUUGGCAAUAAUAAUGAUGAUCAACUAGGUGUAGGGUAUAAUGAACAUGAUCAGAAUGCCUUCCAAGUGCUGAACUCGCGAGUCGAAGAUGAAAGUAUCGUUGAUAAACCACCUCCAGGAGGCAGAAGAGGAUCUAGAGGAUCAAUACAAAUCUCGAGACCAACUGGACUGGACAUUAAUUCAUCAGCAACAGAAAACCGAUCACCAAGUCCUACAUAUCGUCUCCAUGUCUGCAACGUAGAUGACGAACCGCGAGGGUUUCGACGACGACGACGUUCAUCUCUUCAACACAAACCCCCAAGUCCACCACAAGUUACGGAGCUAGAUGACACACGACCCUACUCUCCGAGCUUCGGGAAGGAAUCGAAAAAUUCAAAUGAUAGCAAUAAUCAAGCUUUCGUUGUUCUUGACAAUACUACGGCGGCAUCGAGAGCCAAUCGAGCAACAGAAAGCAGUAGAAAACGUUUUAACAGAAAUUAUAAUUAUGAAAGUAAUGUUGGUGAGUCUAGAAGAAGAGCUAGGAACAAAACGCCGUCCAACUGGAUGCCUCCGUGGUACGAUAACACCAGUACCAUGUAAAAAACUUUUAGAAGUGCCUUAUAAAUAUAUCUGGUCAUUGAUAUUUACUUUAUACUUAUCAAUUUAAUUUGUAACAAAUUUAAAUAAAAAAUAGAUAAAUAUCUUAUGGCUCAUAUGUAAAAUUAAAUAUAUAGAUACAGAUAUAUUAUUUAUAUAUUGAAUUAUUUUAAUUGUUACCUUUUAUCAUCUGCGUAAAGAUUAAUAAUACUGAAGUUAGCCGACGUCUGAUAUUGGAUUUUUUUAAAAACGAUAAAUUAUUGAAAAAAAAAUAUUCAAAAAAAUUCCACUUAGAGUUUUUUCAAUUUUCUACAUCUG